AUGCUCCAAGCACCGUGGGUGCAGGUGGCCUCUGUGGGCUUCCCCUCCUUCGGACAGAAGGCCUUGGCCGGCAUCCGCUCGGCGCUCUUCUUUGCCUCGCGGCCGCUGCGUUUCCACCUGGUGGUUGAUGCCCUCGGCCAGCGUGACGUGCAGCGCGCGCUGGACAGCUUGGAACCCUGGUUGCGCGAGAAAGGCUCAUUUCGCUUCUACCAGCAGGAGGGUCUCCAGGAUGCAUGGCGCGAGAUCCAUGCACUAGUGCCAGAGGAUUGUUUGCAAUUCUCUGGCCAUUAUGGUAGCGCAGGGUGGCUGCGGAUGUUCCCGCACCUGGUGGUGCCUUCUUCAGAGGCCGACGAUGCUUUAAUUUGGGUGGAUGCAGGAGACUUUGUGUUCUUAGCAGAUCCUGCUGAGUUGGCGCAGCAUGUGGAAAACUUCGAUGAGGAUGACUUCAUGGCAGUGGCCGAUGAUCAGGUCUUGGCUUUGCCAAUGCAGGUCUUCUCCUUGAAGCGCUUGCGGAGCGCAAGGCGCUCGAGUUGGCGCAGCUGGGCAGAGCUCGUCACGGAUGCUGUGCACAGAGGCUACGCAGAGCAAGGGCGGAGCUUCUGCGGGCUGGGCGAAGGCCUUGGAAUGGUGUGGCUGCUGCAUCAUGCGCAGAAUCGAUGGAUCUAUCAUGAGAUACCUCACCAUUGGACCUACAUGCCCUGGGCUGUGUGGCUUCCAUCCACUGGAACUGGGAGCCUUUGGGCAUCUUCUGACACCCUAUGGCGCCUGCCGGCCGAUCCUGUGUGGAGUGACUCCGUCUUCCCUGGCCUGUCGGACUUCACAACUUUGAGGGUGAAGUGCCCGAGCUAUUUGGAAGACUUGGCUGGCUACAUCCGUGUGGCUUUGGAUGCAGAUCCAGAGAUGCUGAACUUGACUGGUAGCUUUGCAGACCCAAAGCCAGCCGUCGACAUUUUCCGCAAGCACUUCCGCCUAACCCGCGACGCACAGAUCGUGGACGAAUUUGCGCAGCGAGUUGGUUGCGAAGACCGUAUCAAGGCGGUUCACUUGCCGGUCAUGUUCCACGAGGUGCCUUGGGUGCACCGCUUCUUGGACUUCUGGGCUGGCGCGGAGGUUUGGAGCGCGGGCUCCAGCCGCUUGAGAGAGCUCAGAACUGAGAGGGCUGAGAUGCUGCUGAGUGUGAUGAAUCAAAACAGCGCGCUGAGUGUGAUGAAUCCCAGCUUCGAGUGCCCUCAGGAUGACAACAGCCUGACCAUCCACGGUGAUCAUGGCGUAUGCUGUUUUCUGCUUGCUGCCACAGGUUUGCAGACCUGCAAAGGCACUGUCAUGGAGCAGAAUGAGGAGGCUGAGGACUUUUUGAGAGAUGCCUGGGAAAGGCAAUUUCGCAAAAAGCCUCCGGCCCCUGGCCGCGUGACAGUGGUUACAGUAGACACCAACAAGCCGCGACGGUUCAUCAUGCUGGGUGCUGGACGGCUGCCUGUAAUCAAUGCUGGAUUUGGAGAGGAUUGGUUUUCCUGGCGUGACAAGCCUCGACUGUAUCACAAGUUUCUCAACGCUUUUGCGGCCAAACAUCCUGAACGGUUUGUGGCCCUGGUGGAUGGCUUUGACACGAUCUUUGGUGGCUGCUCUGAGGAGGAGCUUUUGAGCGCCUUCAACAUGACUGUGUCCGCCAGUGAUGCUUCUGUGGUUUGGGGUGCGGAGAACUGUUGCUUCCCUUGGCGGGACAGUUGCCUGGGGUCCAAGACACUGGCGCCGCAACGUUGGUCUGUCCUCAAGCAGUUUGGGCUGAAAGAGGGGUACGAGGGGCUCGGAGACUGCCGUCGGUGCCGUGAUUUGGACAUCCCAGGCUAUGAUUCGUUUUGCUCCGCUCCCCCGGCCUAUGAGCACCUCAACAGUGGAUUCCUGAUGGGCUUGGCCAAGGACGUGUCACACGUAGUGGAACAAUGGCUGAAGCUUUACUGGAACAACUCUGAGACGGACCAGUUGGUUGCACGAACUACUUUUCUGCAGACACAGCAGGUGACCAAGAUGACCUUAGACUACUCUGGGUCACUAGUUCUGACGGUGGGAAACAUCCCAGAGACAGCCAUAGCGGAAGUCUUCAGCAUUCAAGAGAACGUCAUCCGGAACCAUCGCACCGGCGCGGUGCAAUGCUUCAUUCACGGAGCAGGGCCUGGCAAAGUCUUCCUCGCCCACUUGCUACAGCAGCUAGCUACAAGUCAAAGAGACCGCCUGGGCAAGCGUGAGCUUGAACUCUCCAUCAAGGAGUGCUCUGCGUCGCUGGAGUUGGGGAGUAGUGCAUCUGUGCUGCGGAAGCGAGCAGAGAAGUAUCGAAAGCUAGGACAGUAUGAGAAGGCCAUCCAAGACUUCACUGGCUCGUUGAAGCUGGAGGACAAUGCUCUGGCAUUGGCGGGCCGCGGGGCGGCUUUCCGGAGCUUGGGCCGCUUGCCGGAGGCCAUUGGCGACUUCAAUAUGGCGGCCCACCUGGAGCCCGACAACAUCCAGGUGUACAUGGGCAGAGCUCAGGUCUUGCGCGAACAAGGCCAAGUCAUGCAGGCCUCUGCCACUUCAGAAAGCAACAUGUACUAA